CAUUCUGAACACAACGAGCGUUCAAGGUCUCAACAUCAAAAUGGACUCUGCUUAGCACCUCGACUCUCCCCGCUUAGUUGACGGUGGUUGAUGGCAUUGACGAGUGGAUUGGGCUGGAGCUCACCUAAACAUCGCCCUCUCAGUCACAAUAUAAAUACAAAUAAAAUAAAAAGAGUGUUUAUAAUAGUGGUUAAAAAAUAAGAGUGUAAGUUAGUGUGCCAAAAACAAUAUGAGUUCAUCACUCGGCUCAUAUUGUCAAAUGUACAAUAAUAAUUACAAAAUAAUAGUAAUUAGAUUCGAGUGUUACCCGAAACUAAAGUUGAAGAUGCAUGACAAUGGAUCAGAUGUUUGUCAAUUGAACCGUGCAUCCCAUACUCAGUAAUAUUAUCAUAAAGUGAUACGAGAAUCGGGAUGUGGUUGAAUCUUCAUUCUAAUUGAAGUGCCAAUAAAACAAAUGGAGUAUUAAUACACUUUGGUGUAGCUGAUAAUCAUUCCUUCCAUGGGAUAAUAAAAUAUCUAAACUAUUGAUAAAUAUAUAUAUAUACAUACCAGUAAUAAUAAUAAUAGUAUUAUUAUUAUUAUUAUUAUUAUUUUUUAAACAGUAACAAUAACUAAAGUUAUUUUUUUAACACGGUUGCCAAAAGUACAAGCUGCACAAUGAGUACAACUGAAAAUGGUACUGACUCUGAGACUGGAUGGCAGGAGUGUGCCAGUUGGUUGACAAGAUGUGGAGCCCUUAGAGCUGACCACAAAGCCAACUGGCCAUCGGCUACUGCAUUUGAUUUAGCGUACACCCUAAGAGAUGGUGUAUUGCUUUGUAAUUUACUAAAUUUAAUAGAUCCAGGAUGCAUUGACAUCAAGGAUGUUAGCCAAAAACCCCAGAUGGCACAAUUUUUAUGUCUGAGAAAUAUUAAAUUAUUUUUAACUGUUUGCUCCUCGACCUUUGGUCUUUCUGAUUCCGACCUAUUUGAACCUUCGGUGUUAUUUGAUUUGUCAAACUUUCAUCAAGUUCUUUGCACGCUAUCUGCCCUAUCACAUUCGCCGAGAUUUCGUCGUAAAAACAUUCCAGGAUUUACUAUUGGACGUGAUCGGUCACAGGAAGAUGCAUACAAAGAUCUUCAGAGCGCAGGAGUUGGUCGUGAGACUGAGGGUCGCCGGAGAAGAUCGCGACGGCGAGAAGGUGACGAGGCAGGUGGUGGAGGAGGAGAUGAAAUUGAAGACCCAGUUGGCCAGGAAGAGGAUGGCUACGGGGCCUUUUGUAGUCACGCACAAAGCGAAGAGAUCUACCAUGACCUUUGUAGUCUACACCUGCCGCCUCCUCCAAGCGCCGCGCAGGGAGGAACUAUUCCAGGUGGAGAAAAAAGAGAUUAUGUUAUACAAGAGCUCGUUGAAACAGAGCGUAAUUAUUCCGAAGUAUUAAAUAGUCUUCUACGACAUUUUGCACGUCCUGUAUCGUCAUUACUACGUCCAAAAGAUGCAGCAAGAAUAUUUUUUGGUAUUAAAGAUUUAUCAGAGAUUCAUGCCGGUGUGCAUAGUCAAUUACGUAAAGCACGUAAUGGUGCUGCUAUUGCUCAAGUAUUUCUCGAUUGGCGAGAGAAGUUCCUUAUUUACGGUGAUUAUUGUGCUAAUCUUACAGUAGCUCAAAAUACCCUCCAAGAGGCUUGUUCGCACAAUGAACUUGUUAAUCAAGAAGUUAUUCGUUGCCAACAAGAAGCUAACAAUGGAAAGUUCAAACUUCGUGACAUUCUAUCAGUUCCAAUGCAACGAGUGUUAAAGUAUCACUUGUUGUUGGACAAACUUGUUGAAGAGACUCCUCGUGAGCUGGCUGAAGAUUUACGUCAGUUAAGUAAAGCUCGGGAGGUGAUGGUAGACGUAGCUCAAUAUAUUAACGAAGUUAAACGCGACUCUGAUACUCUGGAUAUUAUAAAAGAUAUUCAAGCGUCUAUUGUCGACUGGGACGUAAGCGAUGGUACGCAGCUCAAAGACUUUGGCCGGUUAUUGAGAGACGGCGAGCUCAAAGUAAAAGCACACGGAGAUCAAAGAGUUAAAGCUCGUUAUGCUUUUGUAUUUGAACAAGCCGUUCUGCUGUGCAAAGCCGGGAGAGGCGAUCAAUAUUGCUAUCGAGAAACACUUAGACUUGAUGAUUAUCGGCUUGAAGACCACAUAGGCCGGCGAAUCCUCGGACGAGACUCUCGGUGGUCCUAUCAGUGGUUAUUGGUUCACAAACAAGCCUACACUGCGUACACACUCUACGCACGCACCGAGGACCAGAAGCAGAUGUGGAUGAAAGCUAUGCAAGAUGCUAUGGACAAUGUUAAUCCUGCUGCUUGUCGUGUAACUAAUCAUAAAUUUCGGUUAAUGACUUUUGAGACUGCUAGAAGUUGUCAGCGCUGUGGGAAGUUUCUUAAAGGACGUAUUUUUCAAGGGUAUAGCUGCGAUGUAUGUCGUUUGGCAGUACACAAACAAUGCAUAUCAUAUUCCGGACGUUGUAUGCCGGUACCUCCCACGCCACCACUACCUCCUCCUCUACCGUGUGACCGUGCUCUCUCGGUUAAACUGUGGUUUGUGGGCGAAAUGGGAAGAGAUGCGGCUGCACAUAAACUUGAGGCCAGAGAAGAUGGAACAUACAUGCUGCGAGUACGGCCUGCUGGACAACCUCGAUUAAAACAUGAAACUAAUUACGCCUUGAGUAUCAAAACUGAUGGGGCUGUUAAACACAUAAGGGUUUUCAAGCGUGAUGUUGAUGGUACGGAGCUGUACUAUUUGAGCGAAUCUCGAUUCUUCAAGAGCGUCGUCGAGCUUGUUGAGUACUACGAGCGUGCAUCCUUGUCGGAGAAUUUCGAAAACUUGGAUCAACGGCUUCUAUGGCCAUUUAGACGCGUGUUAGCCAAAGCACUCUUUGAUUUUCGCGCAGGCGAGCGUAAUCAAUUGACACUAAGACGGGGGUGUCGGGUUGUCGUACUGAGCAAAGAAGGCGACGCUAAAGGCUGGUGGAAGGGUAAAAUAGCUGAUCAAGUUGGAUUUUUUCCGAAAGAAUACGUCGAGGAAGAAUAGCCUAUGGAUAUUAAAAAUAAAACUAUUAAAUAGUGUUCUUCCAAGUCAACUUGAUUGCACGGCUUCUUUAUUAAUAAAAUAUUAAUUAUUGUAAUUAAUGAAUUAGGCAAGCACUCAUCCAAAGAAAUAUACGAUAAUAUGUCCGGCUGCUUAAUUUUAAAACACAGUAAUUGAUAAUUUUAAGAUUUU